UCCGACACCUCGCGAUAUCUCCACGUCCGUAGUGUGGAGCAACUAAAGAUGGUGGUUCUCAUCGCGUCCAUGUGCUUUGUUUGAGACGAAACCGGUCCAUUUAAAUUCCGUUUGAAUAUAUAUGUGUCUUUCUUUCCACGCCGCUGGAGAAGAGGAGUGAAGCUGGGAGCGGCGCGGUGUAAAAUAAAUCAACAUGCAACACGACGACGUGAUUUGGGACAUUAUAGGCAACAAGCAGUUCUGCUCUUACAAAGUAAAGACCAAAAGUCAAACAUUUUGUCGCAAUGAGUUCAACAUCACCGGUUUGUGCAACCGCUCUGCGUGUCCACUGGCCAACAGUCAGUAUGCCACCAUCCGAGAGGAGAAAGGUCAAUGUUUCCUCUACAUGAAGGUGAUUGAGCGAGCGGCGUUUCCUGCCAAAAUGUGGGAGAAGGUGAAGCUCAGCAAGAACUACGAGAAGGCUCUGGAGCAGAUCGACGAGAACCUCAUCUACUGGCCUCGCUUCAUCAGACACAAAUGCAAACAGCGUUUCACCAAGAUCACGCAGUACUUGAUCCGCAUGCGCAAGCUUGUCCUCAAGAGGCAGCGGAAGUUGGUUCCUUUGAGUCGUAAGGUUGAACGUCGGGAGAAACGAAAAGAGGAAAAAGCUCUGGUCGCGGCACAGCUGGACAACGCCAUAGAGAAGGAGUUGCUGGAAAGGCUCAAGCAAGGAACUUAUGGGGACAUUUAUAACUUCCCCAUUGUGGCCUUCGACAAAGCUCUGCAACAGCAGGACGAAGAAAGCGAAGAAGAAGAAGAAGAGGAGGAGGAGGUUGAGGUGGAUGAUGAGGAUGUCGGCGAAAGGGAGUUUGUCGCUGCCGAUGAAAUAGAAGAGAGUGACCUAAGCGACUUCGAGGACAUGAACAACUUGAGGACGAGCAGCGACGAGGAAGACCCGGAUAAAAGCGAUGAGGAAAUGUCAACAGACGAUGGAGACGAGGGAGCGACAAAGAAGAAAAAGAAGGCACGUGGCAAAGGCAAAUCUCCCGCCAACGGCUCAGCGGCCCCCAAGAAACGAGCGUACGUGGAGGUAGAGUACGAGAUGGAAACGGAGCAACCGGCCGCAAAGAGCCUCACCACGUAGGAUCGGUCCUGUCUGUCCGUCAAACUGAACUGUGACGUCACGACAGGAUUUCAGAUGCAGAAGGUCAUCGGACUAAACAGAAGUUGUCCAAAAGAUGGCUCACAAGCACCAGUUAAAAAAAAAAACAAUUAAAAUCUCCAUUGUCAUAUUUUUACAUGUCCUUGAGCAAGGUUCAUAGUUAUUUUCAUGCUAAUUUCUGAGUCAAUCUGCAUAAUGUUUAAAUUCUAUUGUCUUAAAUAAAAAAAGGUUGACUUAGUGCA